CCUUACCAUACCCACGCUCUUCUCGCAGAGGGCAGAGCAGCACACCAUCGACGGCUGAGAGCAGCCAUGCCACGAAUGGACUUCAAGAAAAGCCCAGUGACGGGCGAGGAAGUUCCUCCGACCUACCUCCACUCCUCAUCAGCCUUCUUCCGUGACACAUCAGGGCGUGCCGUCCUGCUGCGAGGUGUCAACUUCUCUGGCUCCUCGAAAGCCCCGGUAAAUCAACCAACUCAGCAUCAGCCGCCAGGGGACCUAUGGGCGCAGGCCGAAGCCGGUGGGCAGAGCUUUGUGGGCCAGCCGCUGAACUUGGAGGAUGGAAGCGCAGAUACACAUUUGACGAGGCUGAAGAUGUGGGGCUUCAACUGCCUGAGAUAUGUCUUUACGUGGGAGGCGUUGGAGCAUGAGGGACCCGGCAAGUAUGACUACCGGUACAUGGAAUAUGUGGUAUCAGUGUUGCGCAAGUGCAAAGAGUACGGCUUCAGGGUGUACAUGGAUCCUCAUCAGGACAUCUUCUCUCGCUUCACAGGAGGCUCCGGCGCCCCCUAUUGGGUCCUGCCCGCCUGCGGGCUAGACCAUCGUGGGUUCUCACCCACGCAAGCCGCCUUCCUGCAUGGGGAGUGGCCCUCCCCCUCAUCACCAGACCCGGCCGCCUUCUCCGACAUGCUUUGGGCUACCAACUACACCCGCCUCGCCCCCGCCACAUUGAGCGUACUCUUCUUCGCCGGACAGGACUAUGCGCCUAAGUGCAAGAUGGCGGGCGGGAAGAAUGUGGGAGAAUGGCUGCAAGAUCACUUCAUUGCUGCUGUCCGCCAGCUGGCGAUGAAGGUCAAAGAGGCGGGCGAUUUGUUUGACGAGACGGUUAUUGGCUGGGACUCGCUCAAUGAGCCCAACCCCACCUACAUCGGGCUGGACGACAUCCGCGUUCUUCCCGAAAAGUGGAAGCUACGACAGGGUCCCAUGCCUUCCCCUGCACAAUCUAUGGCGCUGGGAGUCGGUCAGAAGCAGAAGAUGCAGAAUUGGGUCUUCUCGAGCUUGGGCCCCAAGAAGGCAGGAGAGGUGGAAAUUGACCCGCAAGGCGCAACGAUCUGGCUGAGGAAGGAAGAGGAUCCGGUAGAGCGAUGGGGCUGGAAGAGAGAUGGAGGGUGGCCGAUGGGACAGUGCAUCUGGGAGGCUCACGGCGUGUGGGACAGCAAGAAGGGCGAGGUGCUCAAGCCGAACUACUUCAAAGUACCAGGUGAGGGCGACUUUGUUUCCGCUUACUGGCUCCCCUUCUGGCGCAAGUACGCUGCAGCGAUCCGCGGAGUGCACAGGGAGGCCAUCAUGUUCCUUCAACCCCCCGUCUUCGAGCCGCCGCCUAUGGAGCUGAACGAACAAGAUCUGGGACAACGAGCGUGCGUCUCCUGCCACUUCUACGACGGGCUGACGCUCAUCACCAAGCAUUGGAACUGGUUCAACGCCGACGCCCUCGGGCUAUUGAGGGGCAAAUACUCUGCGCUCAUCUUCGCACUCCGUUUCGGUCCCAAGGCGGUGCGCAAGGUCAUGCGGGAUCAACUGGGCUACCUUCGCGACGACACACUUCUCGUGCUUGGUCGCUACCCCACGCUGAUAGGGGAGAUCGGCGUCCCUUUUGACCUGGACAAGAAGCGCAGCUACUACGGAGACGCGAAGGGCAAGGGUAAAGGGGACUACGCUGAUCAGACCAAGGCGCUCGAUGCGUCGCUGAAUGCGUGCGAUGGGACAAACCUAUUGAGCUACACGCUCUGGACUUAUUGCCCUGAUAAUUGUCACAUGUGGGGUGAUGGGUGGAACGGCGAGGACUUGAGCGUAUGGAGUGGAGACGACGUCAAAGGUGGGCGAGGAGCUGCGCAGGUCGUUGGAAGGGAAGGAGAAGGCGGAGUACAGGGAGGUGCAGAUCUCUCUGCCUCGACUACCACGACACUUGCUGGGAACGAGGCAAAGGCGGCACUCAAGGCCACAGACCCUACCGUUGCGGUGGACAGCUACGCCAGCUCGACAAUUGCACCUCCGUCUCCUCCAACCCCGGACCUCGCAACCCUCCUCAAUGGUACCCGCUCUGCUCCCGCCUUCUGGCGGCCAUACCCCAUGGCGGUGGUGGGCACGCCAGUCAGCAUAGACUUCGAUGUUCGCUCCUCCCUCUUCCACUUCGUCGUCGACGUUGGUUGCGGGGCUGAUGAGGAGGGAGCGCCGUACAAGGAAGGAGUGGCGACGGAGAUCUUCCUGCCUCUGGUACACUACGUCGCUGCUGAUGAGGAGGAGGGUGAAGCAGGAACAGCCCAAAGCAGCAAGGGUGGCAGUCUCGCCUCAUCAGUGGACAAUCUUCGCUCCAGACCAGCGCACGGCAUCAUUGAGGAUCCACGCCUUCCGCCUCUGGCAAUCGAUGUGCAAGUCACCGCGGGAGAGUGGGAAGUCUCCGGCCAAGUGAUGCGGUGGUACCUACCUGAGUCGGCGAGGGGGAAGAGGCACGAGUUGCGCGUGCAGAGGAGCAAGAGUAAAGGUGGGGCUAGGCAGGCUGUUCAGACUGUACUUGGGGAGAGGAGUGCAUGGGAGAUGUGUGCGGUUAUGUAG